GAGAAUGGCCGGCGCCGUCCCUUCGACCACCAGCAGGUUCCUCGCCUCGUCCUGCGCCAGCGUACCGCCGUCCUCCGCCAGACACCACGCCCUUCGCAGCCAAGACUCGAGGUGGAGGGCGACCUGGGCGUGGAUCCUCGGGUUCGUCGGGAGGCGUCCUUGCUCCUCCAGCACGCACACACCACCUCCUGCGUCUCCGACUCCCGAGGGCUUCGUAGGAGGGUCUUGUCCGCGCGGAGAGCUUCGUCAGGAGUUUGGAGACAGCGAUCGCGUUCGGCCCUACGAGUCGAUUCCGGGACCGAAGCCCCUGCCACUGGUGGGGAAUAAACUGCUCUUCACGCCCUUAGGUGGUUACUCCCUCGAGAGAUACUGGGAGUCGUGUUGGAAGCUCUACGACCUCUAUGGCCCCAUCGUCCGGCUGGCCAAGCUCUCGGGCCAAUUCGACAUGGUCCUGGUGUUCCGGCCUGAGGACACGAGGAAGAUCUUCGAGAAAGAGGGACGUUUGCCUGUGCGACCUGCGCUAGACAUCUUGGAGUACUACAGGAUGCGGAAUCCUGACCUGUACUCUUCCCCUGGCUUAGUUCCUGGGAACGGGGAAGAAUGGAAGCGCCUCCGGGUUUGCGUGCACAGUCUCCUCCGGCGGGAGUUGGUGCAGAGCUACAAGGCGGCGCAGGCGGGCGUGGCGCAGGACCUGGCCACUGCCUUGGACGACGCCCAGAGACGCCAUCCGGAGGGGCCGGUGCCUGACCUCCUCUACGUGCUGUUUCGAUACACGCUGGAGGCGUGGUGGAGGAGCAGCUUCGUCGGAGGAGGAAGGAACACGCUCAAGAUCCCAUUGCCUUCAAGGAGCAGCAUCCCUUCCUCAGCUCACUCCUCGAGCGCCAGGAUAUCUCCCCCUCUGACGUCUUCCUGCUCGUCCUCGAGGUCUUUCAAGGAGGCAUCGACGCGACCGCGACGACGCUCGGGUUCUGCCUCCAUUAUCUCUCGAGGGAAGCGGGGACGCAGGAAGCGCUCUACAACGAGGUGAGGGGCGUCGAGCCGGCGACACACACGCUGCACCUGCGUGAGUUCCCCCCCUGUGGUAGCGUGUCAUGACCCAGAGGUGUUUCCUGAGCCGCACCAGUUCCGCCCCGACAGGUGGCUCUCCAGGACCAAGCCCACGCAGGCCUCGAGUUCUCAGCCCACGCCCAUGGGAGGAGGGUCGACCACGCCCACAGGUAUAGGGUCGUUCACGUCCACUGAAGGAUCGGCCAAGUCCACAGGAUCGGCCACAGGAGUAGGCUUGGCCACGCCCACGGGAGGAGGCUCGACCACGCCCACUGAAGAGAAGAGAAUCCACCCAUACACCAUCUUGCCUUUUGGCCACGGGGCGAGGAUGUGCCCGGGGCGGAGGGUGGCCGAGCAGGAAAUCUAUCUGGCGCUCAUCCAGGUGGUGAAAGCCUUCAGGAUGGAGUGUGUAGGAUCACCCGGAGGCCCUGGGGAUCCCGUCGGACAGGUGCUCAGACUCAACAUGAUGCCCGAUGCGCCGAUUGCCAUUAGGUUUACGCGCAGGUGAUGGCAUAGAAAACGGAGUGGGGGUGGGAAUG